AUGGUGUUCACCUCAAAGGUUGUUCCCUCUAACAUUCGACAAAGUGUCGAUAGUUCUCGAGAAGUUCUCUCAGAAAAAGGAACCUUUUUCAACCCCAUUGCAAAUCACAACAUUAGAAACGACCCAUACUUUUUGAGAUAUUCAGUUGCAAAAUCCACGGUCACCAAUGUUGGAGAAACUGGUAAAUACAACGAUCAAGACCAUGAUGAAAUUUCUUCACAGGAUCCAAAUCUAACUCCAUCCAACAAAUCACUCAUUGAAAGUUGCAAAUCGAUCAAAUUCUUUGUCAUUAUUUUGAUUACCUUAUUAGUGGUUGCAAGUUCAUUCGUCCUUUCAGGUACAUGGUUAAGUGCCUUCAUUCCUGCUAUUUCUGAUUUUAGUUUUGAUGUGAGGCAAGGAGAAAAUGAAAAAUUAGUCAUGAAUAUCCAACAAACGAUGAAUGAAGCUAUCAUUGUCCUGGAAACAGCAAAGGGACAAUAUCAUAUCCAAGAUUUGACCAACCCAGCUCAAAUAGAACUUUCACUCUAUCGAUUCUUCCAAAGUGAAGCGAAUUACCAUGGAGGAUUGCCUCUUGCCGUUCUUCUUGGCAAUAACUCCAUGUCCUACUCUGUUCUACAGUGGGGACCUAUUCCUACAUUCAUUGAAAUUGGUCCAGUCAUGCAAAAUCUGUACUACUGCGCUGGUCUUUCUGCAGAUUAUUGUGUGCGAUCAAGCACACCGUCUUUGGUCAUGCCGUCAUUUGAUUUGAGCUUGAUCAUUUCAACUGCUGAGAAACGACCAGGAAAACCAACAUUCACUCCAUCGUAUAGUGUUGGUGGCUCUAUUAUAUUUGUCACACUUGUGACAAGCUGGAAAGCCAAUGUUGUCAACCAAACUGCUAACUCUUCGCCCAUAAGCAACUACCUAUCUUACGCAUUGACAACAGAUAAGUUGUCCAAGUACUUGAAAAAGUUGUCUCAGGAAAUGGACGGCUCAAAAGCAAUGAUUAUUGAAACCAAUACCAAUUAUCUUUUAGCCAUCGAUAAUGAAACCUCUAUUUUGGCAGUCCAAGAAGGGGAGACAGUGGUCAGAAAAACACCUCUCAAUAUAGAUAUUAAAGAGUACAGAGAUAUUGGCGAGGCCAUCUAUCGAGCAAUUCCAAACUUGCAAACUGGAAUUGAAUGCAACUCUUACAAAAAUCUGGUUCUUUCUUCCAAUUACAUAAUGAUGCAUCGUAUUUGUUCUGACUACAAUAUGGAUUGGGUGAUUGCUGUGUCGACUCCUCAGUGGGAUUAUAUAAGCCCUAUUAUUUAUGCAUUAAUCGCAGCGUUGUGUGGAAGUGCGAUUGUGCUGGGCAUCAGUGUGUUUGUUGGCAUUUUGUUCUCCGUCAAAAUAGUAAGGCCAUUCAAAAAUCUCAUGCUCAUGUUUGAGAGUGUUUCAAAUAUGGAAUUGGAUAAUGUUCUUGGUUUGACCACAAGUGCAUUUGAAUUCUCAGAAAUGAAAUAUGUCAAAGUUCAGUUUCAGGAAAUGUUAAAAAAGCUAAAGCUUUACAGAGCAUUCAUUCCAUCUCAUCUAUUGCAAGAGAUUGAGGGUGAACAACAACAACCACAAGAGUCAGUUGGAAAUUCUUUGAACAAUUCACAACUUGGUAAUUCUAACGUUAAGCAUUCAUCUCACUCUUCGAAAAGUGGAUCGAAACACACUCUUAAUUCAAGCUUGAAGAGCUCUCAAUAUUCAUCUGUCAACAAGUUUUCUCUCUAUAUUGAGGUAAAACAGGUUUCAUUUGUUGGAAUUUUCAUUGAGGGUCUCGAGAUGUGGUAUCUAAACGCUGAAACCAAUGGAACCAAAGAAUUACUGUCGCUUCUUUCUGGCAUUUUUGAGCAAGUCAACACAGCUAGUAGAGUUUCUGGAUGUCACUUUGAUACGUUUGACAAUGAUUUGAUAAUAUUGAGUUUUAACUCCAGCAAGGAUCAAAAAAAUCAUAUCGAAAAGGCACUCUCUCUUUCUCAAAACCUUUUGGAAAAACUGAAGGAUGUGAAGCAAUCCAAAUACAAAUCUGAAUCAGAAAAACAUAGAAAAAGCCAUGGAACACAACUGAAAAAUCAUCAUCUCGUUGAUGGGCUUAACUUUAGAAUUGCUGUCAUUUCACAGAAAGUCUAUUGUGGAAAUGUUGGCACGAGUGAUUCAAAAUUCUUUAGUGUUGUGUCCUCGAUGCGCAAGAACCUGGAUCAGUUGAUUGAAGUGGCUCAUCGACUUGAAAUUUCAAUUGUGUUCCCAGAAAGAAUCUACCAAAAAGCAUCCGAAAUGUAUCAAACUCGAUUUGUGGAUUUGAAAGAGCUCGUCGAUGAUUCAUUCUUGUCACCUUCAUGCUUCCUUAAUAGUUCCUCUUGUCUCUCACCCGAAGAAGCUUCAGAACCUAACAUUGUCCUUCGCAGUCAACUCUUCACUAAGGAAGCCAUCUAUGAAUUAGGAGAGAGUAAUCAAGUCGAAAAUGAUCAAGAGUGGAUGUAUGAAUUGAAUCACAAACAAAAGUUAUUGAAAUGGAAAAAGUAUCAAGAAGCUUGUGUGGCUUUCUUUUCCGAUCAAUACGAACAAGCAUUAACUCUUUUCGAGGAGUUUUUGGCCGAAAGAUCAGUCAAGGAAUCAGCCUCAUUGUUUUCAGCACGUCAAGAUGAGGGUGGAGAUCUUCAAGAAUUAGCAGCCAAUUCCUCCUCACCAUCCAUCAAACAAUCACACCAACCUCCACUCGACAAACCAGCCAUGAAUUUUGUGAGAAUUUGUCGCAUGAAAAUUGAGAAUUUGUAA